AAUAGAACGAAGUCGUCGACAUUUCUAAGUUUCAAAGUUUUCAAUAAUCCUAUUAAAAGUUACUUUGUAGUGUAGGAAUAAUGUAAUAAAGUAAAUAUUUACGAAAUCGGACAUAACUUCUAUCGUUGAAGUUGAAAAAAGUGAGUUUUGUGGUGUGAUGAGACAUAACUGUUUAUUGUUUCGUGUAGGUGGCUACCAUGGUUUGUGUCAAUGUGAAAGUGUUUUAGCAUAAAAUUUAGACCCCAUUGUUCAAAUCUUUCCGGGUGUCUGUUGGGAAAAAGCCGCACGAGUGUUGCUUGCGCAAGAUACGGUGGCAUAGGAGACUUUUUCUGUGAUGUGCCAACUUUGAAACAUGUUAAGUUGAUCCACUCAGAUAAACCCCUAUACCAAUAGCAAGAAUGAAUGUGCCAUCACAAGAGAAUGUCGCCCUUCUGUCUUCAGACGAAGGUGGCGGCAGCGAGGACUCGAGCAGUGAGGACGAGGUGACGGAGCACGUGACGUGCACGCCACCACCAGACAUGGCCGCUGCCAGGGCGCAGGUGCCGACGAUCAGCGUGACGCCGCACAGCCCCGGCGUGCUGGAGGACAGCCUGCAGCAGCUGCGCCGCCUGCACGCCGCCGUGCAGCGCAUGCGCGCCGCGCCCGCACCGCUGCUGAGCACAGGCACGAGUAGGCUGAGCACGUCGUGUCCGUCGCUGUGCAAGGACGGCGUCGAACCCGACUGCUCCUCGCCCACUCACCUCGACUUCUACCCGCAGAGCAGGAAGGGCAGCGGUGAGUCCCGACAAUGGGGGCUGUGGGAGCGGCGCGACGAGGGCCGGCGCAGCUCGUGGGCGGCGCUGGAGCCCGGCGCCAGGCAGCCAGAGUCGCACCGACCCAGGAGUACUUUGAACGGGCACAGCGCGUCUCUUUCCUCGAUGGAGUCGGAGGGGGAGGUGCCGCGUCCAGUGCGACACUCCACGCAUUCGCUCAAUGACAACGAUCUCGCUAAGGACUUCGAGAAGGUGACAGCGGCGCUGAGGGCGGGCGCGCCCGCGGCGGCGGCGCCGGGCGGAGCGCGGCUGGCGGCGCGGCUGCCGCUGCAGAAGUCCGUGUCCACGCCCAGCAUCGUGGCCGCCGUGCAGCCGCCGCAGCCGCCGCCGCCGCACGUUUUGACGGGUGUGUGUGCGAGCGAAACGGAGAGCGACGAGGACACGUCGGCGACGCUGCACACGGCGCCUGCGCGGAGGACCAACGCGCACCAGGAACACUUGGGGCUGCAUCGGCUCGCGUUCUUGGAACAAGCGGCGUACGACCAUCACGCUGAGAAGAGGCGGAAACGGGGUAGUUUGUUCUUCAGGAAGAAGAAGGACAAGUCCCGCAAGGCGGCGCAUGCGUGGCAGGCGGCGGGCGCCGGCGGGGACUGCGACUGGUGCGGCCGCGCGCUCGCUGACAAACCCUCGCUCUACUGCGACAAUUGUACAAUGACAGUUCACCAAAACGUCUGCAAAGACUAUAUUGUUGAAUGCAACAAGCCUAAAUCUUCAAAGACUUCAGUCGGAAAAUCGCUAAGCGCGAGCAGCGGGAAAAACAGCAAGCGGAGCUCAGUCUCCGGCCAAUCACAAAACUCGAAUAGCACAAGUCACACGUAUAAUGACGACAAAGACGGAUCCGAUCACAAACACGAUCAGAGCAAUGCAUCAGACGAGGCCGGGUCAGUGGAGUGGCCUGAGGUAUACUUGACGGCUGACCAGCUGGGAGACGAGGCGAUCCGGCUGGGGUUGGGCGCGUCAGAGCCCGACACCUGGGCCGCUGGUGCACCUAAGGGACUCGCCAAACAACUCGGCGACAGAGAGACUAAACGACAAGAGCACAUAUACGAGCUCAUUCUGACGGAGAAACAUCACUGUCUUACAAUACGACUUAUGCAAAAGAUGUUCGCGGAGGGCAUGUCCCGGCUGGGCGUGGUGUCGGCGGCGCAGGUGUCGCGCAUGUUCCCGCGGCUGGAGGAGUUGUGGCAGCUGCACGCGGCGCUGCUGGGCCGCCUGCGGGCGCGGCAGGCGCGGGCGCCGCACGUGGCCAGCGUGGCCGACAUCCUCGCUGACGCCUUCGCCAAGCCCAACAUGAACAACCUCAAGGCGGCCUAUGGCGAAUUCUGUUCCCGUCACCGCGACGCGGUGGAAGUGUUCAAGGAGUGCUGCACGCGCGAGCCGCGGCUGGCGCGCUUCAUCAGGAAGUGCCAGCAGAACCCGCUGCUCAGGAAGAAGGGCGUACCAGAGUGCGUGCUCUUCGUGGCGCAGAGACUGACAAAGUACCCACUGCUAUUAGAGCCGCUACUGAAGACAGCGGGAGACGACAUGACCGAACGAGAGUUGCUGCAGAAAGCUUUGUGUGGAGUCAAGGAAAUCCUAGUGGAUGUGGACAACCAAGUGGCGGCGAAGGAGCGCGAAGACCGCAAGUUGGAGAUCUACCACCGCAUCGACGCGAAGAGCUUCGCCAACUUCCGCGGACGCAAGUUCAAGAAGAGCGACAUAUUGCAGGGGAACCGGAGCCUCAAGUUUGAAGGCGUAGCGACGCUUAUGCAAGGCCGCAGUAAGAUGCAGACGUUGCUGGUGAUAGUUCUGACAGACGUAUUGUUCUUCUUGCACGAUAACAACAACAAGUAUACCUUCUUCACGCCCGAUAAUAAGACAGGAGUGGUGUCGCUUGUGAAGCUGCUAGUCCGCGAGAAGGCUGGCGCUGAGGGCCGAGGGCUGUACCUCAUCUGCAGCGGGCCAUCGGAGCCGGAGAUGUUCGAGCUGAGAGUGCACCGCCCCAAGGACAUACACACCUGGAUCACUGCUAUCAGGGCGGCGGUGGCGGCGUCCCCAUCGGAGGCGGAGGAGGGCGAGGCGAGCGCGGGGGCUGCCAGCGCCGAGGACCGCCAGCGGCUGCUCGACGCCCGCCACCAGAACAUAACACUGAUCACUGAGGCACUAAGGUUGAAGGACAGGGAACACGCGACGAUUCUCGAAGAGAAGAUGGCGCUCCACAUGAAGAUGGUAGGACACAUAGGCGGGUCCACCUUAGACGUGCCUAGUACUGGCAUAAACACAGUGUUCCCGGGCGGGCUGGUGUUCCCAGACUACGUACGGCUGGCGGCGCCGCCUGCCGACACGCAUGCGCUGUGGCAGGAGGUCUGUCGCGUCGUCAAGGAUGCCCUGGACGCGUCCAGCGGCACGUGGGCCGGCGGCGUGGGCCUGGGCCGCAGCACCAGCUCGGCCGGGGAGAGACACUCCUCCGCCUACGAGAGCCCCGCGUUACCGCGCCGCGCCGACACCUUCGCAGGCUUCGACGCUAACAGGCAUCGCAGCGUAGUGCCCCGCAUGUCAUCAGACACGCCUCCCGAGGCGUCGGAGGCGGCGGAGGCGAGCCCCGCGCUGGGCGAGGCGGCGGGCGCCGACGUGGCGCUGCGGCUGCAGCACGCCAUAUACACGCUCACCUGCAUCGCUUGGCAGCAGCUCACCACUAUACACAGCCUGGAGGCGCAGGUGUGCGCGUGGCGCUCGGCCAGCAGCGGGGCGCACGCGGGCGCGGGCGGCGCGCGCGCGCACGACGCGCAGCUGGAGGAGCUGCGCCACGCGCAGGCCAAGCUCACGGCCGACCGCGCCGCCUGGGAGGCGCAGCGGGCCGCCGACACACGGGCGCUGGCGCACGAGAGGCGGCAACUGCAAGCAGCGCGACAGGAGCUAGCAGAACAACAGAAGGACGUGGAACAACAACGGGAGAGGCUGUACCGACGGCUCGAGCGGUUACAACAACAUGGGGGAUCGCAAGAAGAGAUCGCGAGUGUAGGCACGCUGUCUCCAGACUCCAGCGUGAGUGACACUACGCGGCGGAAAGAACCAAAGUGGAGAGGCAGCCGCGGGUCGACGGGCUCGGAGGCGGGCGGUGCGCGGCCGGCCGCGCUGCCCCCGCCGCAGCUGCUGUCGGCGCACAACGAGACGCGCGCCGCCGUGCGUGCUGCCGCGCCCGCCAUACAGCAAAUAGUGAAACAGCAGUUGCCACUGAAAUUAGCGAGCGGCAAGACCCAGCAGCAACCGCCGCCCGGAUACCACCGACUACACGAGUCUCCUAGCGAGAGCCAGCAGCUGGUGGCGUCGCACCAGCGCACGGGCAGCUCGCCGGCGCCGCUGCCGUCGCCGCAGCAGCUCCCUAACAAGGCCACCAGAACUAAUACGUACCCGAAGCUCCCCGACAAGUUCCGGGUGCGGCCCGAGAGCGCCCCCGCGGCCGCCGCCGAGGAGGAGGUCAUCUACUUCUGACAGCACCGGGACUCCGCCCCGCACACGCGCUCCUGAGACUGCCGACUGUCGUAGGCCGCCGCGGUACAUAUGGACUCCUGGUACACUACUCCCAAAUUGCUUUGAAAUCGUCGUCUUUUCCGUUGUUUCUGCUCUGUGUAAUAAGUAAACCAAGGUCUAGAGAGAUAACUUAUGUCACUUAUAUCAGAGCCGUGGUAGCCCAGUUGGAAGAACGCAUGACUCGUAUUGUGAGGUCGCAAAAUCGAAUCACAGAACGGGCCUAAACCAUGAUUUUCGAAUUCAUGUUUGGAUCGUAAAUGAUUAUCAUGUGCUUAACGGUGAAAACCCACAUUCCCCAGAUAUGCGUUUCGCAGGUAUGUGACCUAAACUGUAUUAGGCUGGUUUUCCCUUCGCGGGUUGGAAGGCCAGACAGGCAGUCGCUUUUGUAAAAAACCGGACCUGUCAAACCUUGUGAAAACAGCAUAACGCUAGGGAGAUGUACAGAAACUGUAGUAUAAAAAGAGAUGAACUAUGAACACUGCCGACUCUCAUAGACCACUCACUAAUAAAAAAAACGGGUAUUGGCCCCGAUUCCUGCAGACACCUCCUAAUUUUACUUUAAGUUAUACCUGUCAUUUUCUUACCCGCCGAAAAGGAAAG